UCAGGCGCGUAGAGACGAGGUGUCUAUAUAAAGGCGGGCACGACCGCGCACUGUCUCCGUCGCAGAACGGGGGUGCCUGUGGAAAAUCAUUCCUGGUUUUGCUCGCUGCAUUUGGGGGAGACAGAUCUAUAACUACUGGAGCUGCUACUUACUGCUGAGUUACCAUGUCUAUGGUUGAUGAGCCUCUUUAUCCAAUAGCUGUUCUCAUAGAUGAGCUCAAGAAUGAUGACAUCCAGUUACGAUUGAAUUCUAUUCGGAGACUAUCGACAAUUGCCCGUGCUCUUGGAGAAGAUAGGACUCGAAAGGAAUUAAUUCCAUUUUUAAGCGAGAACAAUGACGACGACGACGAGGUGCUUCUUGCAAUGGCGGAAGAACUGGGUGUAUUUAUUCCUUAUGUUGGUGGAGUUGAGCAUGCCAAUGUCCUGCUUCCACCGUUGGAGACCCUCUGCACUGUCGAGGAAACUUGUGUCAGAGACAAAGCUGUGGAGUCCUUAUGUAGAAUUGGAUCUCAAAUGAGGGAGAGUGAUUUGGUCGACCAUUUCAUUCCUUUGGUUAAGAGGUUGGCAGCCGGUGAGUGGUUUACUGCUCGAGUUUCUGCAUGUGGGCUGUUUCAUAUUGUGUAUCCUAGUGCCCCAGACAUGUUGAAGACAGAGUUGCGUUCAAUAUACAAUCAGCUAUGCCAAGAUGACAUGCCCAUGGUUAGGAGGUCUGCUGCAUCAAAUCUGGGGAAAUUUGCUGCGACUGUUGAAUAUGCUCAUCUGAAGACUGAUAUUAUAUCAAUAUUCGAGGACCUCACACAGGAUGAUCAGGAUUCUGUUCGAUUAUUGGCUGUUGAGGGUUGUGCUGCUCUUGGGAAAUUGUUGGAGGCCCAAGAUUGUGUGCAACACAUACUCCCCGUUAUAGUUAACUUCUCUCAGGAUAAGUCUUGGCGAGUGCGCUACAUGGUGGCUAAUCAAUUGUAUGAGCUUUGUGAAGCCGUGGGACCAGAGCCUACGAGGACGGACUUGGUCCCUGCAUAUGUGCGUUUACUUCGGGAUAAUGAGGCUGAAGUACGUAUAGCAGCUGCUGGAAAAGUUACCAAGUUUUGUCGGAUUUUGAACCCAGAACUUUCCAUUCAACAUAUACUUCCGUGUGUCAAGGAACUGUCGUCGGAUUCAUCUCAGCAUGUUCGGUCAGCUUUAGCCUCAGUUAUAAUGGGAAUGGCACCAGUCCUAGGGAAGGAUGCUACCAUCGAGCAGCUUCUUCCAAUAUUUCUUUCCCUUCUGAAAGAUGAAUUUCCUGAUGUGCGUCUCAACAUUAUUAGCAAGCUUGAUCAAGUCAAUCAGGUCAUUGGGAUCGAUCUUUUGUCACAAUCGUUAUUACCAGCAAUCGUAGAGCUUGCUGAGGACAGACAUUGGAGGGUCCGGCUUGCCAUAAUAGAGUACAUACCUCUAUUGGCCAGUCAGUUGGGUGUAGGGUUUUUUGAUGAUAAGCUCGGCUCUCUUUGCAUGCAGUGGUUGCAAGAUAAGGUUUACUCAAUUCGUGAUGCAGCAGCAAACAACUUGAAGCGACUUGCCGAAGAAUUCGGUCCUGACUGGGCAAUGCAGCACAUAAUUCCCCAGACAUUGGAGAUGAUAAACAAUCCACACUACUUAUACAGAAUGACAAUUCUGCGUGCAAUCUCUCUUCUUGCCCCUGUUUUGGGGAUAGAUAUCACUUGCUCGAAGCUGCUGCCGGUGGUGGUUAAUGCAUCGAAAGACAGGGUGCCAAAUAUCAAGUUUAAUGUGGCAAAAGUGCUUCAGUCCCUCAUGCCAAUAGUUGACCAGUCUCAUGAAGCUCGAAGAGCGGUUUCCCAAGCUGAUUUGCCUUCACAUAUACUUUUCUUUGCACGUUGAACAUGUUGCCCAGUAUAUGUGGUUGGUGGAUAAGAAAGAACAAAAAAUGAUAUCUCCGAUUGUAAGUCUUAUAAUGUGUUUUGACCUCACAAAGUCAGCAGUACAGUAAAGUAGGUUGGAUUUGAUUCAUAUAAGAACAGUCUCUCCAAGGUGGAGAGACAGAUUUCUUCGGCAUCUCAGCUCAGGCAUUCGAGGUGCAGGGAAUGUUCUUCCCAAGCUGAGCUGGUGGUGAGACAUUUUAUCAAGUAUCAUUUAUAUGGGUCUUUUUCUUCGUCUUCUAACCUAACCUAAAGCAACGGGCCGUCCAGCGAAUUAAGUAGAGCUUCUAUCAUUAAGGAUUUUGAUUUCUCUGUUUUUUCCAAUUUCUGAAGGAGCCACAGCCUAAUUGUUCCUCUCAUGCCCACAUAGAUCUGUACCAGUUCGGCUCCCAUCAUGGUUCCACCUAGUCACUUCGGAUAGCUCAUUUUGGCACCGCAUUUAUCGAGGAUAUAGUCUCUACAGUACACGUCGGUUCCACAUGUCUCUUUCACCGUGUUCUUGUACGGAGUUCAAAGAUUAAAAACUAUAGUACAGAAGUUUAGUCUUUUUUCACGAAUAAUCACAUGUCGUGCGUUUGGACAGAGCGGUCCUUAGGUAUAUAUCCAUAAUGUACGUUAGAGCUUUUAUCUAAUUACAUCGCACUACUUAUGACCAUCAUUCUCAUUCAUGGGGAUCCCUAUCAACCAUAUCCUGUAAAACUGAUCUGAAAUAUAUUUGAAGUUAAAUUUUCACGCGAACUGGGUGUUGGCCAAUUCAAACAAUUCGCUCCAAUAUCCUCAAAACGUCGAAAAUGACCUUGUAGAGACUCAUUUUGUAAAACAAUCACAAUGCAAAAUUCGCAUUGAAUUGAUAAAGCAACGAAUUCUAGCUCUAGCUUUGUGAUAUGGAACCAUCACACCCCCCCUCCCCCCCAGGGAUUUACGAAAGAUGAUCCGCUUAGUCUGAUUGAGACAGAUUAAUAUCACAGUACAAAGAUUGCUCCAUAAUCACAUGAGAUGCCGAAAAGGCCAGGCAAGAGCGUGACCAAGGUUGGAGACCAACCUCUAAGAUGUGGAAUAACAUAGUGAAGACAAUAAAGAAGGGGCAGGUAGAUGGAUAAAAAAUGGACGGUGGGGGUUGAGAGACGCAAGAUACGGUAAACUUUCGAUCCAACAGUUGGCUUGUCUUGACAACAUCGCGGACUGUCCUACCACAAAUGCAUAGCGUCAAAUGACCUGCUCUUCAAGUACUACGAUCACUUCCAUAUUCAGAAUAUUUACACACUACUUUUGGACAGGAGAAGUUACACCCUCUAUGAGAGCAGAAGCCCAAAUGGAAGAUGACGAUGAGGCAGAGGAUGAACUAGAGGGAGAGAGAGCCUUUUGUUUCUUCUACUCCAGGUAACCAGAUACUAGGAAUGUAAUUAGUUCAAAGUCUUUGCUCAUUGAGACUGAUGAUGAUCAAAUCACUGACUCUAGCUGAUAAUCGCACUUGGACGUAGUCUUCUUUGGCAGGAGAUGCAUAUUACGCACCAUGUUUUUCCCACCUUUCGGAAUAUUCAUUCUAGCAAGGAAUCACGCAUGAGUUGCCGGGGCCGAUGAAGGAUGGGCCGAUCGAGCUGCUCAAGAGCCUUGUCCUUGGACCUCUAUGGCUGGCGGGCCUUCGGCAGGAUUCGAAUUUUACUUCCCUAUUUUCGUGGCUCGUUAAGGUUUUGAUUUUGGAAAAUUACCGAAAAAAGUUAUAAACUUAUUGUAUGAAUACCUAUUGAGUCAUAAAUCUUUCAAUUUACCAAUGUAGUCCUUUUAGCAAA